AUGAAUGACGACAAGAGGGAGUACAUGAGACUGAGCCAAGUGCUUAUUUCCAGAAUAGAGGAUUUUCAGAUAGAGUUGGCGCAAGAUCCAUCCAACACAUCAGCAUUGGACAAGAAGCUGGAGUUGAUUAUCAACACAUUUGACGAUAUAUCGAGAAUAUCAAGUCUUUCAACAAUGUUGCUCCAAAAUAUUGGACCGAGGAUGGAACCGGACUUGUACAGUGGCUUACUGAACACCGUUAACAAAUUGGCGCACUAUGAAACUUGUGCCGGGACACUUGUGAAGCUUUCGAGGACGUAUUCGAUACUUGGACUCACCUCUACUAUUCCCUUCAGACUUGAUGGCACAGCAUUCGAGAAGCCACCAGCAGAAACCGUGAUCUUCAAGUUGGGAGAGCAUUUGAAGAAGCUCAGAAAGGAGUACAACACCAACUGGGACUUGGACAACUUCGGCCAAAGACUGGCAACGAAUACGAAAAAGUUCUGGGAGGACUUCUUGAGAGUCACGAAAAAGCCAAAGAUUCACGCUGAAAUUCAACUCAUGUGGCACUUUGAACGUCACCCAAGUUCGAAGCCUUCCCGAGUUAUCGCCUCUAACAAAGAUGCGUGUUUCUUAUGUAACGCCUUCAUAUCGUUCCAUGGAAAGUACAUGAUACCCAAGACACACGGGAGAAUCUAUCCUGGAUGGAGGCUGCCAUCGACUGGGCUCGAUGAGACUAGGGGACUAUUUGUUAGAGAACUUGAACGGAUUGCUGUGGAAAGACUCAAUGUGAUAAAUCAACAGGGGUUUCAGAAGAAUAUUGACCUUUUGGAGAGCACAAUAUCAUUAGUUGCUAUUUCUACAACCUCCCCGAACAGAUCCAGAGAAACGAAAAUCAUGCGACCAGCCAUGACAAUUACCAACACUGAGAUAAACAACGAGGUUUUGGAUACGAUGGAGGAGAAACGUGCUGCGACAUAUCUGCUGCAACCAACGAAACUAGGACAAUCUAGAGCUGGAGUCAAGACAAAGACUAAGAACCUGGACGUCAAGAGCGCCAAAGUCUCCUUAAGACCUAGUAACUCUCCAAUGAGUUCACGGGAGACCAUGGUUCUGGCACAGGAGUCAGCCAAUUAA